AUGAACGCUUUUGAGUUAAAUUUUUAUCAUCAUUCACCAGACAUGAAUUUCUACUACGUAACUUGUAAGAUCAUUCAAGAAAAUUCUGUUGUCAACAAAGAUUAUGAUUAUGAUCACGAAUUUUUUUAUCAAUAUUCAAAUGAUCCCACAGUAUACUAUCAUGUUGGGUGCAAACACUUGUCACAUCAUGUGAUCGAACAUUUAUUAAAUCUGUAUGAAAUAAAGCUUGAAUCAUCACGUAAAUUAUUAUCUUUACGGCAAAAAUUAUGCCUCGAACAAAGCUAA